AUAUAUCACCAGGAAGCAAAUCACUAUACCAUAUACAUUCAUGCAUGCUUUGGAAAAGUGUCUGAAGGACAGGAAGAGGAGGUUCAUUCAGCAGCACUGCUCUUGCUGCUGAUAAGUAAGACCGAGAUUCAUUCAUUCAUUCACUUAAUGAUGAUGGGGGCUCCUUACCCGAUAAAAAGAUCAUCGGAUCCAUACUAGAGUUGAACUACUGUGGGUGAUUAAAUUCAAAUCUCUACUGCCUCUUGUUUAUUACAUGGAAGAAGUACGCUGACUGUGAUUAUGCACUGUUGUUGAGUGAUCACAACACAGUUUAUUACGAACGUUGGAGGGAAGAGAACUUGUCUCACUUAUUAUUACGCUGCGUUCAGCCAGCCAGUGCCAAGUACACAGCGAGCUACUAGAUUAAAUUCGGCUGCGAAAGAUAACCCCAAGCGUAAUUUGUGUUUGUUAAAGUCGAGCCUGCAUCCGCCAGUGUAAAUCGAAAGGUGGUUCAGUUUGAAGGGGGAAACCUUCUCACCCGCACGUAGGCACUUUUCUGAGACAGCAGAAAAAAUUAUACUGAAGAGUUGGAAGUGCUCACAGCAGUGCUGCUUUGAAGAACAUUGAGGAAACAACAACUUGUGAAAUUUUCUGUUUUUUUCUCUGUUGCAUCUUUUGCCUCCUCUCUUUUGAUACGCCUUGGACCUGUGUGUGUCUUGGUCGAAUCCUAAGAAGAUCUUUGCCUGAGAAGAAUCCAACCGGUGUAUGUAGAACUGCCAACGAAGGCUAGACCAGUCAGUUGUAUGUGUGGGGACAGAGAUGCUCUCAUAGUCUUGGAAUUUCUUGCCAGACGCUGUCAGUUUAAUAAAACGCUUCCACUCGUUUUGAUGUAAUUUCUUGCCCACGUUGUCAUUGUGGUCAGAUAACUUUGCAUACCUAAUUAAUUUUAGAAAGAAGAACAUAAUUUACAUAUUCUUCAUCUUAAGAAAACGAUUUAACUUGUAUUUGAAGUAUUCCUUCCUUUGAUAGAUAUGUAGAGCAAUUCCUAGAAAAGUAAUUCGACAAUACGAUGGGUUUUAGUAGAAUCAAUAGUAAUUAUUUCACGUUCAAAAUUCCAAAGAAAUCCACAACGGCUUAUCACAAGAGGGUUCAGUCCUGUGUUUUCCAGUCAUCCACAUCAACCACUCACAAAGUGAUAAAGAGCAAUUCAAUCAGAAAUAUAUUUGGUGGGAGAGGAAGUUCGGAUGAUUUAUCCUUCGUCAGCUUUAUCAGUGAAGAAGACUCCAUAGAGGACGAUAACAUUAGUUUAUUCUAAGGUUAUUGUGCGGUGGUUAUGUUUUAAUUCACAGUGAGCAACGACCCCAUUACAAUUUGCAAUUCGUUCAUCAUCAUCAUCAAAUCUUUGUCUCAUAUCAAGCUGGAUAUUGCAGAGGCUUCAUCUGCUCAACUUUUGCAGAAGAAAAUUGUUGAAUGAAACUGUAGAAAAAAGUGUGAAUAAAAAAUCAAUGCCAACCCAACUAUUUAUAACUAUCGUCACAACCAACAUUCAACACUAGCUUCCCAUCAACGAAGUAUAUUCACACAAAGUCAACAAUUUUGGCGAAACCAAUUUUUUUGUCACAUUUCUCGCAGUUACGUCCUAAUCUGACCGUGGGUGAUGGAGCGACAACCUACGGAUGAAGAAGCCCCAAAAGACCCGGGUGCCCAGGCAACUUUGCAGAAUUUCUCCGAAAAGGACUUUGACAGUCACCGAGCUCACACGGUCUUCGUAGGGGUGCACGUUCCUGGUCAAGAAACGGGCCCAGGUGGACAUCGUCGUCGUUCUCACCAUCGACGACAUCGUCACCAUCGGACUGGAAAGGAUGAAAAGGACGAUGACCGCCCACCUCUCACAACGCCUCCCCAUAUCUUGCUAGCGGAAGCACCUCCGAGACCCCGAGGUCGUCUCUUAUCUAUUUCGCAGGAAGAUGGACAAGCAUACAUCACACCUCCAGCCCAGCGGGUUCAGUUCAUUUUGGGGGAGGAGGAAGAUGACGGCACACACGAAUCUCAUCCUCUCUUUUCUGAGAUGGAAGAACUCGUUCAGGAUGGAGGGGAAAUGGAGUGGAAAGAAACUGCCAGAUGGAUAAAGUUUGAGGAAGAUGUGGAAGAGGGGGGAAAUCGGUGGUCCAAGCCACACGUGGCGACACUUUCUCUUCAUUCCCUCUUCGAGCUCCGAAGUUUACUGCUCAACAACAUUGUCAUGCUGGACAUGGAGGCCCUGUCGCUAGAUCAGAUAGCCGACUUGAUUUUGGAUAACAUGAUUAGCUCAGGGCAUUUGGAGGCGUCCGGGAGGGAGAAAGUACGAGAAGCCCUUCUCCGUCGACAUCGCCACUUGCACGAAAAGGGGAAAAACAGCGGUGCGAACAGUUCAUCCAGUAACAUGUCCCGACUUCCAAUCAUUCGCUCCUUGGCUGAGAUUGGUAAAAGUCAUUCCUCCAGCAAAAUUGAGCUGACAGGAUUGAAAGGAGAAAGGAGCAAUAGUGCAUCAGGAGCCGACUUAUUGUCUUCGUCGCUUCCAAAUAAACCUCUCGGACGAUUUCUGUCUAUCCCUGGCACUGGUGCAACUAAUGUUCCACACGUUGAAAGCGCUACAAGUGCGAGCGGUGUUGUAAUGGAUCGCAGCCCAAGUGGAGGAUCGUUAGGACACAAUAACGAGAGUGGUUCAAACUUGCAGAAUGGAGAUGCCCAUCUGUCUAAGGGACACGCUCAUUUCAUGCGUAAAAUUCCCCAAGGAGCUGAAGCUUCGAACAUCUUGGUUGGUGAAGUUGAUUUCUUGGACAAGCCAUUGUCAGCCUUCAUACGCCUUUCCCAAUCCGUAUUGUUGGGAGAUUUGACUGAAGUCCCCGUUCCAACCCGUUUCCUGUUUGUUUUACUUGGGCCUAUGGGAGGGAUUAGCCGAUACCAUGAAGUAGGGAGAGCAAUGGCAACUUUAAUGUCUGACGAAGUUUUUCACGAUGUAGCAUACAAAGCCAGAAAUAGGGGUCAUCUUUUGGCAGGUGUUGACGAAUUUUUGGAUGCAGUGACCGUUUUGCCACCAGGAGAGUGGGAUCCAAGCAUUCGAAUUGAACCUCCAGCAGCUGUACCUUCACAGGAUCCUAGAAAGCGACCUGAUGCACCUAAAGAAGAGUGUAAUGAGGAAGAACAAGAACAGAAACUAAGGUUUGAGUCUGGUCUGACACGUACGGGACGCUUGUUUGGAGGUCUGAUGAACGACAUUAAACGAAAAGUUCCUUGGUACUGGUCAGAUUUCAAAGAUGCACUCUCAAGUCAAUGCUUGGCUAGUUGGUUGUUCUUAUAUUUUGCUUGCUUGACACCCAUUAUUACUUUUGGUGGCUUGCUCGGAAAAGCAACAAACAAUAACAUGGCCGCGAUUGAAUCUCUUGUCUCCGGAUUUGUAUGUGGUAUUGGAUAUGGACUAUUUUCCGGCCAACCACUUACUAUUCUUGGCUCCACGGGUCCUGUCCUGGUGUUUGAAUCCAUUCUGAUGCAGUUUUGCGAGAGCCACGAACUCAAUUAUCUAGAGUUUCGGUUAUGGAUCGGCGUGUGGGUGGCAGUGAUUUUGGUCAUCUUGGUCGCACUUGAUGCCAGUGCGUUUGUUUGCUACAUUACUAGGUUCACGGAGGAGAAUUUCGCAACAUUAAUUGCUCUAAUCUUUAUGGUUGAGGCGGUGAAAAAUGUCAAAGAAAUUGGGAAAAACUUUCCUGUGAAUGAUAAUGCAGACACCACGGCUGGAUACUUUUGCCAAUGUGUUAAAAACGAAAGUAUUACUUAUGAUAUUGAUAAUUCCACCUGGGAGAAAAUUCCUUUUGAUUCAUGCGUUAGCAAGUAUCAAGGCAUCCUUGUUGGAGAAGGGUGUCGGUAUUACCCGGACGUCUUCUUUCUAUCGGUCUUACUAUUUGUUGGAACCUUCUUAAUCUCGAUCCACUUGAAGGAUUUUAAGACCCAAGCGUUUUUCCCAACUAAAGUUCGAAUGGUGAUAAGUGAUUUUGCAGUUAUCAUUGCCAUUUUAAGCAUGAGCAUUGUUGACAUGUGGAUGGGAUUAAGGACUCCAAAACUACAAGUACCUGAACGAUUCGAACCCACUAUUCCUACUCGAGGAUGGGUUAUUAAUCCUUUUGGUGGAAAUCCAUUCUGGACGAUUAUUGUUGCACCAUUACCAGCUUUAUUGGCUACAAUAUUAAUAUUCAUGGAUCAACAGAUUACAGCUGUAAUUAUAAACCGCAAGGAGCACAAGCUCAAUAAAGGAUGCGGUUAUCACUUGGAUCUGUUUGUCCUGUCAAUUCUGAUUGCCGUUUGCUCCAUCAUGGGCAUUCCUUGGUUUGUGGCAGCCACAGUGUUAUCUAUGAAUCAUGUAAACUCGCUAAAAAUGGAGUCCGAGUCAGCCGCUCCUGGAGAGAAACCUCAAUUUUUGGGUGUUCGAGAACAGCGUGUUACCCACUUGGCAAUUUUUCUCAUGAUUGGGCUCUCCGUACUACUUACUCCCCUCUUGAAGCAUAUUCCAAUGCCAGUACUGUAUGGCGUCUUCCUUUACAUGGGCUUUGCAUCACUGAAAGGGAUGCAGUUCUUUGACCGAAUCUUGAUUAUGUUUAUGCCAACGAAAUAUCAACCCGACUACAUGUUUUUACGACAGGUCCCGUUAAUGCGAGUUCACAUGUUUACUAUGAUACAACUGGCAUGUUUGAUUAUGCUGUGGCUCAUCAAGUCAUUCAGAUCGACUUCGAUCCUAUUUCCUCUCAUGUUGGUUGUAAUGAUAGUAGUUCGUAAGCUAUUGGACUUUGUGUUUUCCCAACGUGAGCUUAAGAUUUUAGAUGACGUGAUGCCUGAAACCAGCAGGCGUGAUCAUGCAGAAGAUGAUGAUUGGGAAGAAGAUGGGACAGCCAUGUCCAAAAAUAUCGGGGGCAACUCCUCUGGGAACUUUACAAUUCCGUUAGCAAAUGGAAAUGUAAUGAAAAUUCCGGUCAGCUCUGUCAACAUUACGGAAGAAGUAAAUAGAACUGGGAUUUGGAAGACUGUAAACAAUGUGAACGCUAAGGAAGCUCCUGUGAAAGAUGGAAAAAACAAAGAAAAGUGCAAGGACAAAGGUGCUCGUAAACGAGGGAAUAAAAAGGAUGCGUUGACGGAGGAAGAAAGUCGGAGAUUGUCCACGAUGAACGAGGAGGAGGAAGAAGCAGGAGGCGGAGGAGCAGAACAUCAAGGCGUUACCAUCAAGAUCAUCAAUAGCUCAGCGUCCAACUCCAAGACAAACAUCAAAUCGGAAACGGUUGUGUGAACGCCAACUUUCUCUCCAGCAUUGAUCACAACACAUCUGAUGCAAUGACGUCAAAAUUCUCAUUUGUUUCUUGUUCUUUUACUGUAUCACAUUUUUGUCAUUACAGGAUCAUCACGUGUUAUUUCUUAUUUAAACUUGUAAGCAUUAUAUCCCCAAUUUCGUGUAAAUGUAAGUAUGCUAAAGUAAUAUAAUAAUCGAACGACUCGUUCAAACAAUAUUACGACUACUGCUGGCAGAACAAUUUUUAUUCCGAUACUCUUCAUUGUCUGUCUGAUACAAAAUUACGAAAAAUCUUCUCUGUAAAACUAAGUUAGUUUCAUCAUUCUGUGUGUCGGCCAUUCAUGUAUAAAAGUACGUUUACUGAGGAUUUCAUGGUCAAGCUGCAUAAAUAUCCUACUUGAGCCAUGCAAACAAGCAACCAUUUAAGUAGCAAGUACAGAUAAGUAUGCAAAGAAAAGUAGAGGAGUGCAUUUGCAUCAAAUGAACUGACAAUGAGUACUGUGGUGCUUUUUUAGCUUAAUGAGUGGAAAAGUGCACAUUUAGUUAGGCAUGAGUCGUGUGAAGCGAAUACUGUCGAUGCACUGGUAUAUGCAGAUCUACGAUUCCUAAUUGUAUGACGUAGGAACGUGUAACAACUGCCAAAGCAACUUGGAAAAAGACACUACCAAAUCCGACAUAUUUAUGCGUGUGACGUAUUUUGAGGAAUUCUGUUCUCCAGCGCGUAGUGCCAUUGAUGCUGGAAAGAUAAUCAGUUAGUAGGUAGAGGUCUAUUUUCACCGUUCCAGCACCCAUGAAAUUGCAAUAAAAAUAAUUAGAGGCCAAUUAAACGAGGUCGGAAAGAUGUGAAUAAUGUGUCGCCUUCGACACAUUUGCUGAAAUAAAAGUCACACUUGUUUAUCGUAUCGUGAUAUAAAACUGUGUCCCGUCUUACAAAUAGAGCAUGCAUUGAAUUAAAGUACUGAACUAUAAAGUCUUCUUGACUCCCAAUUCAUUGCUAAUUGAGAUAAAUUAGGUAAUGAUGUCGUAAAAUUGGACAUCACUUCAGUUUGAAGUAGAAAAUUGACACCAAUUCAUGACUCCUCGUUGUGUAUGUAGCAUUGAAUGAUAUGCACUCACAGCUCUACUCAACCUCAAAGCCAAUCAAUAAUAAAAUUAAUGAGCUAAAUAGAGAGAAAUAUUUAUUGAAAGCCGAAAUAUACAUAUUAUAUGACUAAUCGAAAAUAGUUAACAAAAUUGUACUCACUUUCAGUAAAUUCACGCAUGACGAUUACAAAUAACAGCUAAUACUUAUUAUCCUCUCCAGUACUAUUUACUAGCGAGUAAUUCCUCUGGAUAAAACCCAAUCACAACAUUUAGUUUCAUAAUGCUUAAGCGUAGUUGGUGGUUAUGUUAGCUUGAUGACCCCGUUUCAUUGGGGACUGAUGAGUUCACAUACAUACAAAUUUAUGUGUGUAUAUUUAUGUAAAUAUUUUGGGGGUAAAGUGACAAAAAUCUGGAGAUGCUGGAGAUCAGAAGAGGUAAAUAUGUGUAUUAAUAGAAAUCUAUAAUUGUGUAAAGUAGCACAAAGAUGCCGAAUGUAAACUGAUUUAGACUGUAAUUAUUAUGACAAUUUGAGCGAAAGUAUCUCUAGUUGAUUUUUCAGAACCGGACUACAGACAUGUGAUCUCAGAAAGUAAAUGUGUAAUAAUAAUGUCUGAAACUGACCAGAAUCAAAAUGGACAUCUCGUCAACAACCCGAAAGAAAUUCAACGGUCGUCUCGUCCCUACAUAUGCAGCAUCGCAAACCUGUUUCUUGCAUAAUAAAUCUGGUCCACGUAUGUAUAGUCGAUGGUGGUAGUGUUGGUUUAAAAUUGUUUCGUAGACAGCGGGUUGUGCCUUUUUGUUGAAUUGAAAUAAAAGUAUGUCUAAAACUA